CUAGCGAUCUAAUAUAACAACUGGCGAUUUGUGACGCUGUCUAUAUAUCCAGUGAUUUUUUAUUUAGUAUUCUCCCAUGCAUUAAAGUAUACUAUGAACGUUAUUUAUAGUAUUUUAUUGGCAGUCUUAUGUUGGUAGUGAAAGGUCUUUUCAAUUCAGAAAAGAAAUAUAACUACAAAUCUGCAUUUGCUAGUAUGAUGCCAAUUUACGCGGCCAUAUUCAAAGAUCACAGGAUAUAUAGGCUUGGCGUUGCAUCGUUCGGACAUGCGUAGCGUGAACAAAAACUCAAUUCAGUGGUACAUUUCUCUCGUAAAAUAUAAUCGAUAUAUCGAAAACUGCAAGUAUCGAAUGAAAUGGCGUACAAGUUUAAAAUCGCAGACUUGUCAAAUAAAAUACGCGUGUUAAAACUAAUUUUAUUCGUACGUGUAUACAAGCCACGAAAUUAACGUGUAUUUAUGGAAAGUUAAUAUAUAUCAAAAUGGGCACAGCACACGCGUCAGCGACUAAAGCAGACGAACCGAACAUAAUAAACCACGAUGAGGACUGUGUACCGUGUGUUGAUCCACAAGACAAGGGACCAGGGAACCCCGGGAGUUUCGAAGAUAUUCAUAAAAAAGUUAAGGACGUUUAUCCACAAAAUUUUGAAGGAGCGCGCCUCAACAUCAAGAAAGUACUCAGCGAACACUUCAACGUGACGCAUUCUAUUACCCUCAGCUCAGUUACCCCUUCCGGUUACAAACUUGGUGUACAAUACAUUGGUACAAAAAUGGUGGGUUUAACCGAAAAAUACCCCAUUGCCAUUGGAGAAAUUUCACCGAACGGAAAUUUAACCGCCUCAUUCGUUCAUACGUUAGGAUGUAGAUUUAGGUACAAACUGUCAGCACAAAUUGCUGAUGGAAAAUACAAAGCUUCGAGCUCCAGUCUGGAAUAUCGAGGAAACGAUUACACGGUUGCAGUUAUUCUGGCCAAUCCAAAAUUAGCAAAAAAACACGGAACAGUGGUAAUGCACUUUUUACAAGCGAUCACAUCGAGAAUUACAUUAGGAGCUGAAAUUGCAUGCCUUCGUGGCAUGAAAGUUCCAGGCGGUCAACAAACAGUCAUGUGUAUGGCUUUUAGAUACAGUACAGGAUUCGCUACGUUAUCCGGUACCAUAGGUGAAGCAGGACUACAUCUUUGCUAUCAUCGUAAAGCCAGUUCGCAAUUGGAACUCGGUGUUGAAAUAGAGACGAACGUCAGAACUCAUCAGUCGAUCGGUACUAUAGUCUAUCAAGUAAACGUCCCGUACGCGGACCUUAUUUUCCGUGGCAUCGUGAAUUCAGAAACCACGGUCGGAGGCGUAUUCGAGAAGAAAUUAUAUCCUAUUCCAGAAUCUUCUCUGCUUAUUAGCGGACUUUUAAAUCAUAAGAAGCAACAAUUUCGCGUAGGCGUUGGUCUCAACAUCGGGUAAUGAUUAUGAACAAUGACAGAUUUGA